GUGGUGUUUACUUAAGUAUAUAAAUAGGCAAGAAAUGUGUGCAGGGAACAAUAGCAAUAUCACUCCCUCUUUGUUUUUCUCUCUCUACUUAUCCACCAUUUCUCUCUCUAAAACUUACUUAUAUCUUUGUAUGGCCGCUGCUAAUUCACAAGCUCGAGGACUCAUCGGUGCCGGCAAGCGUUUCAUCGGCCAGAUCCGCGCCGAUCCGACCAAACCACUCUCCCUCACCACCAGGAGGGCAGUGCAUCAGUCUGUGUAUGAUAAGAACGUUGAUGAUCACGUUCGUCCAGCAUUUGUCCCGGACGAAGUGACUCAGCGCCAAUCUGACCACUACUGGGCUCCCCACCCGAAAACAGGUGUGUUUGGCCCGGCUAGCGAGGAGAACCCAGAUGCAGGCUCAAACACCUCGCCGUACGGAGCAAGUGCAGAGUCUGUGUUGGAGCAGAAGGCCUUCUUCCGCCCAAUGGAGGAUUUGGACAAGCCACUUCCAGAUAACUAAUCUGGAAAGUAAAGAUGUUGACAUGUGUUGGUCAGAAGACUGUCAAAGAACUAUGAUAGUAACAUAGUCUUUUUAAGAAUUCUGAUUUAGUAUGUCAUAUAAAUAUGUACCGCAGCAGAAUAAGACCCCUUUCAUGUCUAUAACGUUGUCAGUGUGGUGUGAUGAGAUAUUAGAUGCUAUGGAUUUAUAUUACCGGUUUAUCUAAGUAUGGUCGGAUGUCAGUUUCUGCCAUGGUUUUCUUAUUA